AUGUCGUCGCAACUGCCAGCGGGAAGUGGACGUCGAGAGUGGCAAGUGUGUGGGGCAAACUCCGGCCAGCGGCCAAUGGCGGUUGGCCGAGGCCACGCCCCGUGGCUCAAUUACCGACCAGUGCUGCCCAUCGGCGGGCAGAGCGAAACCUGUUUCCACGAGCGAGAGGCAGCGAGGCGCAUGUGCGAUCAGAGCGGGAUGGAUGGCGCAAGGGUGGACCAACCAGAAGAGGCAGGUUGCUGGUAUUAUGGUAGGUUAGGUUCAAACAAGGUGGCAAACUGGCUCUUAACCGAAAUAGGAAGGAAGUCGGCAGCGACGUCGACGUCGGGCAACUGGUUUGACUUGUUUCCGGCUCACUCCAACCGCCCAAAACCACCAGCAAUCGGCAGAGGCAGCCAAGUCGGCAGAGGGCAGGCAGAGCAGCGGCCGUCGGCACAAUUUGAUUGCAUUUAUGAAAAGCGUUUUCGCCCGCCAGCACGCGUACGCUCCCAGCUCGCAAUUCGCCAUCCGUAAUCCGUAGACCGUAAU